AUGAUCAAAUUCGAGGAGGCCAUCUCAGCGCUAAAACUUCUCGCCAUACCGACAGCGAGUGCAUUGCUUCUGAAAAGUGAAAUCAAGAAAUCACCCGAAGAGAUGCUAUCGAAGAUUCUCGCACCAUACGAUGUGUCGUUGAUCGGGCGAGAUAACGCCCUUGCGCUUCUUGAGCAACGAUGUGAUCUGCAGCUGGAUGACGCUGAUGUUGGUCUGCGAAUUCAGAGUCCAUUUUGA